AUGACUUAUCCGGGGACAUCACUUUCAUUUGGCGCGCAGAUUAACCUCACGCACCUCUUGCUGCUGCGGUGGUAUCGGAGGAACCGCGAUAAGCCGUAUGAUCGUUCUGUAUCGGUUAGAUCUGAUCUACAGGAAAUGGUGGGACCAAGCCAACAAUUUUGUUUGCUUUGA